CGUUCGGCUCCUUUCGGCCCCCCUCUGCUCCCCUUCGGCUCCUUUCGGUUCCCUUCGGCCCUUCUCGGUUCCCCUCAGCCCCCCGGGCCGUGUGAGGUUCCCCUCAGCCCCCCGGGCGGCGAGCCCGACCGUCAGUGUUUAGCGUUUGGGCUUCGCACGGGAUCCGUGGAAACAGAAGGGGACCCCGCGCCCUGCCUCGCUGCGCUGUGCCCGGAGCCCUGUGGUGGGGAGUGCUGGCAGCAAGAUGAGCGCCCUCGGCUCGCAGGAUGAUGAAGAUACCUUUAAAAUACUGAUUGCUACUGAUAUUCAUCUUGGCUAUUUGGAGAAGGACCCAGUGCGUGGAAAUGACACAUUUGUAACUUUUAAUGAAAUCUUGGAGCAGGCUCAGAAAAAUGAAGUGGACUUUGUUUUAUUAGGUGGGGACCUCUUUCAUGACAACAAACCUUCCAGGAAAACAAUACAUUCUUGUUUAGAGUCGCUGAGAAAAUACUGCAUGGGUGAUCGUCCUAUUCACUUUGAAAUUUUGAGUGAUCAGGCAGUUAAUUUUCAAUACAGCAAGUUUCCAUGGGUGAACUAUCAAGAUGGAAAUCUCAACAUUUCUAUUCCAAUUUUUAGUAUUCAUGGCAAUCACGAUGAUCCAACAGGGGCAGAUGCACUGUGUGCAUUGGAUAUUUUAAGCUGUGCAGGAUUGGUGAAUCACUUCGGGCGUUCAACUUCUGUGGAGAAAAUAGAUAUUAGCCCCAUUUUAUUGCGUAAGGGUAGAACAAAAAUUGCUCUGUAUGGCUUAGGAGCCAUCCCAGACGAGAGGUUGUACCGUAUGUUUGUCAAUAAACAGGUAACCAUGCUGAGACCAAAGGAAGAUGAAGACAGUUGGUUUAACUUGUUUGUGAUUCAUCAGAACAGGAGCAAACAUGGAGCCACCAACUACAUUCCAGAGCAGUUUUUAGAUGACUUUAUUAAUCUCGUUGUGUGGGGUCAUGAACAUGAGUGUAAAAUAGCUCCAGUCCCAAAUGAGCAGCAAAAUUUCUAUGUUUCUCAGCCGGGAAGUUCGGUGGUGACAUCUCUGUCCCCUGGAGAAGCUGUGAAGAAACACAUUGGUCUGCUGCAUGUUAAAGGGAAAAAAAUGAAAAUGCACAAGAUUCCUUUAGAAACAGUGCGAACUUUCUACAUGGAAGAUGUUGUCCUCGCUGAUCAUCCAGAUCUUUUUAAUCCUGACAAUCCCAAAGUAACUCAGGCAAUACAGGCAUUCUGCAUGGAAAAGGUUGAAAUGAUGCUGGAUAACGCAGAAAGAGAACGCCUAGGAAAUCCACGCCAGCCGGACAAGCCUCUCAUAAGAUUACGAGUUGAUUAUACAGGUGGCUUUGAGCCAUUCAGCAUCUUUCGUUUUAGCCAGAAGUACGUGGAUAAGGUGGCUAAUCCCAAAGACAUCAUACACUUCUUCAGACGUCGUGAGCAAAAAGCGAAAAAUGACAGCAAUAUUAAUUUUGGAGACCUGGUCAGCAGACCUGUUUCUGAGGGGAUGACACUGAGGGUGGAAGACCUUGUAAAGCAGUAUUUUCAGACAGCAGAGAAGAAAGUACAGCUUUCACUUCUGACGGAAAGAGGAAUGGGAGAAGCAGUGCAGGAGUUUGUGGACAAAGAGGAGAAAGAUGCUAUAGAAGAGCUUGUGAAAUUUCAACUAGAAAAAACACAAAGGUAUCUUAAGGAGCGUCACAUCGAUGCAGUGGAAGAAAAAAUAGAUGAGGAGGUGAGAAAAUUUAGGGAGUGUAGAAGAAAAAAUGCCGAAGAGGAGGACGAGGAAGUUCGUGAGGCAAUGACCAGGGCUAGAGCUCACAGAUCUGAAGACGCAGUUCUUGUGUCAGCCUCCAGCGAUGAAGAGCUCAUGGAUACAGGAGCGAAGGCCUAUGGUGAUUCAGAUGAUGACCUUCCUGCAACAGCGACUCGAGGGAGGGGUCGGGGGAGAGGUAGGGCAAGAGGUGCAAGAGGACAAAAUUCAACAGUAAGAGGGUCGUCUCGAAGGGGAAGAGGAAACACUAGCCAAGAGUCAGCUACUAGCAGCAGAACCUACAAGUCUGUCCCUGCCAAGAACAAGUCGAUCCUGGAUGCCUUUAAGCCUUUGAAAACAGAGCCCUUCCAGAAUUCAUCUAAAUCUUUCUCUGAGGAUAUUAUAGAUGAUGACUCAGAUCUGGAAGACAUUUGUAUCACUCCUUCUUCCAAAGUAAAUCAAAGGUUCUCAACUACAUCUUCAUUUAGUAAAAGGGGUUCACAAAGCCAAACAACAUCAAGAGGAGUUGAUUUUGAGUCUGAUGAGGAUGAUCCAUUCCAGAGCGCUGUGACAUCACGAAGAAACAGAUGAUUGCUGCUUCAGUGUAGAGGAGAGACCAUGAAAGUUAGUGAAGAAAAUGGAAAGUAGUAUGCAGGGUGUACUCCAUAUGACAUUUCUCUGUAAAUGAUGGUCUGCCUUCGAUCUUCACUUGUAUGAAAUGUUUUGGUUUUGUUUCAGUGGCACCAAAUUUAGUAUAAUUUGGGUGUUAUGUUACUUUUAGGGCAUUAGACUAGAACAUCUAAUAUUCUGAAGUAUUGCCUGAAACUAAAUUUUUUCUAAAACUUCUAACAACUUGUUUUCUUUUUGUGAGGAAAAUGUAAAUAACAUAAUGGUAUAAUUUGUACAAAACUCCCUUGGACUUGAUUUUUUUCAUAGCUGUGAACCUUUAGCAGUAUACAAGUACGGAUAUGGGCAUGGACUCAGCCAGCAAAACAAAAGUUGUAUUUAAUUCCAGUUUUCUACAGUUACAGAUGAAAACUCUGAAGAGUAAUAUUUUAAUCCAAAGUUACAGUUUCCAGUAAUAAAGCUGGAAAAUGUUCUAAUGCUUCCAACUUAAUGGUGGGUUUGGUUUUCCUGUUACACUGUUAUUAAACGUCAUAGCAUGCAGGAAUGAUUUCUGCUCUAUAAUUCAAGAACUGCCAAAGAAUUCAGAUAGAAUUGCUUUGUUAGUGUUUACCCUCUUAAUAAGAUGUAAGAGCUAGAACCUUACAGCUUCACAAGGAAUAUUGCUUGAAUAAAGCAACGAACCAGUAACAGGCAAGCUGCUGCCUCUUAACAGUUUUCUUUGCUGAUGUUUUUCAGGUAUUUUGCCUUAGCCAUCCUAAAAUGUCAUCACUGUUUUUCCAAAUGUUUCUCCAAAUGAGGCUUUUAAGAGAAGAUCCUGUACUCACACUGGGGGAACCACACCUUCUUUUGAAGGAGCCAAGACCUAGACACACCUCUCCUUCCCCCUUUUCCCACUCCCCUAAAAAGGGUGUUCUGCAGCUACAGCCUUUAGAGCUAAUUGAGGGAAAGGCUAAAGUGUUCAUCAGCUUAACACCCCAGCAUGUCAGAGAAAUACCAAAUACAGUGGGUAACUGAAGCCAUACUUCUGCAUUUUUAUGUUCUCCAUCAAAGAGAUGGCAGUGGGCAUUUAUGUUGCUCUGGCUUUUGCUGAGCAUGACUGUCGUUACUUGUCUGCAUAAAUGCCAUAGCAGUGCACCUAAAAGGUCCUUGAGCUUCCUGAAGAUUUCCAUAAAAAUAAUCAAGACCAUCAAAUUUCUAGUGUAGAGCUCAGUAACAACUUCCAAAGCUGUACAGCUGCAUAAUGCAUCUGGAAAUAACUUGGUGUCUUGACCCUUCGUUGAGGGGUAUCAAAACUCUUAUAAAAUUACCUAUGCAAUUAAAAAAGCUGCUGUAAGUGCCCUCGAGAAUGGGGGUUGUGAGUUUUGUUUCUUUUUUAAUAAAACUAUUUCUGUUAAGUAAA